GGAGGGGCGGGGUGGGGGGGGUGGGGGGACCCCGGUUGCUCAGUUUGGAUGUUCCUGGAGCUCCCCACUCGUAGGGGCUCGUCGACCUCAAGUUUUCCAAACUGGAUCGAAGACGAAGAGAUUCCAGGCCUCGGAAGACCAUGGCUGCUAAUAAAGGAAUGGCCAUAGGCAUCGACCUGGGCACCACCUACUCGUGCGUGGGCGUGUUCCAGCACGGCAAGGUGGAGAUCAUCGCCAACGACCAGGGCAACCGCACGACCCCCAGCUACGUGGCCUUCACCGACACCGAGCGGCUCAUCGGCGACGCCGCCAAGAACCAGGUGGCCAUGAACCCCCAGAACACUGUUUUUGAUGCCAAGCGUCUAAUCGGCAGGAAGUUUAAUGAUCCUGUUGUACAGUCGGACAUGAAGCUCUGGCCAUUUCAAGUGGUCAACGAAGGAGGUAAGCCCAAGGUGCUGGUGUCCUAUAAAGGGGAGAAGAAAGCCUUCUACCCCGAGGAGAUCUCGUCCAUGGUGCUGACGAAGAUGAAGGAGACUGCGGAGGCUUUUCUGGGCCACAAUGUCACCAACGCAGUGAUCACGGUGCCCGCCUAUUUCAAUGACUCUCAACGCCAGGCCACCAAAGAUGCAGGUGUCAUCGCCGGACUCAAUGUGCUCAGAAUCAUCAACGAGCCCACGGCGGCCGCCAUCGCCUACGGCUUGGAUAAAGGAGGUCAUGGAGAGCGGCACGUGCUCAUCUUCGACCUGGGCGGCGGCACGUUCGACGUGUCCAUCCUGACGAUCGACGACGGCAUCUUCGAGGUGAAGGCCACGGCGGGGGACACGCACCUGGGCGGCGAGGACUUCGACAACCGGUUGGUGAGCCACUUCGUGGAGGAGUUCAAGAGGAAGCACAAGAAGGACAUCAGCCAGAACAAGCGCGCCGUGCGGCGGCUGCGCACGGCCUGCGAGCGCGCCAAGAGGACCCUGUCGUCCAGCACGCAGGCCAACCUGGAGAUCGACUCGCUGUUCGAGGGCAUCGACUUCUACACGUCCAUCACGCGCGCGCGCUUCGAGGAGCUGUGCGCCGACCUGUUCCGCGGCACGCUGGAGCCCGUGGAGAAGUCUCUUCGGGACGCCAAGAUGGACAAGGCUAAAAUCCACGACAUCGUUCUGGUGGGCGGCUCGACGCGCAUCCCCAAGGUGCAGAAGCUGCUGCAGGACUACUUUAACGGACGUGAUCUCAACAAGAGCAUCAACCCGGACGAGGCGGUGGCCUAUGGGGCUGCAGUCCAGGCAGCUAUUUUAAUGGGAGACAAGUCUGAAAAAGUACAAGAUUUGCUUUUGUUGGACGUAGCUCCCCUGUCUCUAGGAUUGGAGACCGCUGGGGGCGUGAUGACUGUCCUGAUUAAACGCAACUCCACCAUCCCCACCAAGCAGACGCAGAUCUUCACCACCUACUCGGACAACCAGCCGGGCGUGCUGAUCCAGGUGUACGAGGGCGAGCGGGCCAUGACGCGCGACAACAACCUGCUGGGCCGCUUUGACCUGACUGGCAUACCCCCCGCACCCAGGGGCGUGCCCCAGAUCGAGGUGACCUUCGACAUCGACGCCAACGGCAUCCUCAAUGUCACGGCCAUGGACAAGAGCACGGGCAAGGCCAACAAGAUCACCAUCACCAACGACAAGGGCCGGCUGAGCAAGGAGGAGAUCGAGCGCAUGGUGCAGGAGGCCGAGAGGUACAAGGCCGAGGACGAGGGCCAGAGGGAGAAAAUCGCUGCCAAAAAUGCCUUGGAAUCCUACGCUUUUAACAUGAAGAGCGCCGUGAGUGACGAAGGUCUGAAGGACAAGAUCAGCGAGUCCGACAAAAAGAAAAUACUGGACAAGUGCAACGAGGUCCUUUCCUGGCUGGAGGCCAACCAACUGGCCGAGAAGGAGGAGUUCGAUCAUAAGAGAAAAGAGCUGGAGAACAUGUGUAACCCGGUCAUCACCAAACUCUACCAGGGGGGAUGCGCCGGGCCCACCUGCGCGCCGGGGUUCACGCCCAACAGGGCUGCCACAGGCCCUACCAUCGAGGAAGUCGAUUAGCAUUUCCCAGACCUGCAGGGUGCUGGGGUGCCUCUAGGGGAAUUUUUAUUCAUCUUGGAACGUCACUAUGACUCUUGAGCUGACUAGACUUGAGCCUAAGUCACCGUCCUUUGGGAUUCUGAUGGAGAAGUCUGUAUUUCAUCUCUUCGCGCCCCCCACCCUUGUGUCUGCGAUCCUGAAAUGUACCUUUGGAAAAGCAAGGCCCCUCUGGACCAUUUGAAGAAUUGGAUGUCUGCUAUUUAUUAGCCUCAUCUUUCUCCUUCCUGUGUGGAUGGUUAUUCGUCUCUCAGUAAAUUUGUUCCCAAAGGAA